AUGCGAGCUGGAGGAAUGGACCAUAAUCCUCAUGUAUCCAACUCCAUCCACACGGUCUCACAUUACAGUUUCUUCUCGGGUAACCCCAGAUGGCCAGCUUCGAAAACACUCCUCACCUAUGCAUUUGAAGCAAAUACACCUGCUGCUGCAAUCAAACCUGUUGUACGAGCAUUCAACAUAUGGGAUUCAGCAACGCAUUUCGCAUUCUCACGAGUUCAAAAUAUAGCUGCUGCUGAUUUAGUUAUCGGUUUUCAUAGGCGCAAUCAUGGCGAUGGUCUACCCUUCGAUGGCCCUGGUGGGGUACUUGCUCAAGUGGUUCCUAGAAGACAGGGAUAG